GAGGCGGCGCGGCCAGCGGCGCUAGCAGAGGUGGUUGUGUUCGCGGCCGAGCGGUUGCGGAGCACGGGCUCUUCAUUUUAAGAAAAAAAAAAAAAAAUAUUUUUUCUGGAGCGGGCGGGUUCCCGGUGCCGUUGUUGGCGCGGCUCUGCGAGCGCCUCUGGUUACGUUCCCGGGGCGGCCGCUGUUAACGCCAUCGAGGCGCUGCGGCCGCGCUCCGCUCCCGUUGCGGGCGGUGCGUGCGCGGCUUCCCGAGGUCGCAGCGGCAGCAGCAGCAGCAGGCGGCGGUGGUGGAGAGGGAGGUUUCCCUCCCUCCUUGCGGCACCAUGAAAGCCGUGAGCCCCGUCCGGCACCCCAGUCGCAAGGCGCAGCCCGGCGUGGCGGGCGGCGGCGGGGGGCACCCGGCUCUGCGGUGCCUGGCCGAGCACAGCGGCUGCAAGGGGAGCCCGCCGUCGGGCGAGGAGCCGGCGGCGCUGUGCCUGCAGUGCGAUAUGAAUGACUGUUACAGCCGGCUGAGGAAGCUGGUGCCCACCAUCCCGCCCAACAAGAGGGUCAGCAAAGUGGAGAUCCUACAGCACGUCAUCGACUAUAUCCUUGACCUGCAGCUGGCUCUGGAGACGCACCCAGCGCUGCUCCGGCAGCAGCCGCCGCCGCCCGCUCUGCACCCAGGCAGCUGUCCCGCGGGCACCCCCAGGACCCCGCUGACUGCCCUGAACACUGACCCGGUAAGAGGCAGGCUCUGUUAACAAGUCGGGGGACAGCAUCCUCUGCCGCUGACCGCCGCUCCCCAGGUGUGCGGCGGCGCCGCGCCGCGCAGAGGCAACGCGGGGGGCGGGCGGCGGCGGGGGGGGCCCGGCCCUGCCCCGCCGCACCGGAGGAAGGAGCCAUCCAACCCCCCAAGCAGUUCCCAUGCUUCACCCCGGCAGAGCCAAGCCUUUUCACCAUUUUGCACGUCCGUAGCGGUCCCCCCCCUCCCCAGCUCCCCGUGUCCUUUCCCCCUUCCCCCCUGGUUCCGUCUCUUCUCGUCGUUCCCGGCCAGCUGUGAGCGGCGGCGUGUCCCACGGUGGCAGCGGGAAAAGUUGCGGCUCUGCCCCGGGAUAGAGGACCGAGCCUAAACCAGACUUUAGAAACCUUGUAACUCUUAAGGGACCGAGCAGCCGAAUCUUGAAGCUUUACUAAUCUCCCAGAGCAUUUGUAGAUAUAUUUGACAUCUAUUGUUUAAAAUAGAUGGAUUUUAUUGGGGCCCAGGGAACUUUCUUAUCCCUGCAGGAAUGUUACAUAUUGUAUAGACAGAUGAGUGACAUUUCAUACUGUGUAUAUAUAGAGAUGUUCUAUAAGUGUGAGAAAAGUAUAUGCUUUAAUAGACUACUGUAAUUAUAAAAUAUUUUUAAUUAAAUAUUUUUUGUAAAUAUUAUAAAGGUGUGUAUGUUUUUUUUAAUCUGUGGGAGCUCAAGUACGGAGCUGCUAAUGUGGAAAUAUCUUAAAUGUUUAGGACUUUUUUUGUCCCCAAAUGUCCUUUAUACUUGAGAGUUGCAGCUUUAGCUAGUGGUCCUGCAUGAUUGCAUGAGGUGUCUAAUUGCAAAUAAAUUUGUUUGGAGUCCAUGCAAUGUGUUUUACUCAAUCUAGACUAAAAAUGUUUGUAAGUGUAUUAUACAUUUUGAGACUACACUUUUGUCAUUUAGGCACGGGGAUUUUUAGUGCAUUCUAUGAAAGUAGCAGUAAGAUGUGUUUUUUACUGAGACAAGAAAACUUCUAUCUAGUUUUUGUUUUUUUUGUUUUUUUUUUUCCAUUACGGGGGCAAUGCUUUAGAUCUCUUAUCUCUUUGGUUUGUUUUUUUUAAAUCUGCUCUUGAAUUAGAUCAAGAAAUUUGUUCGGGAACUUCAUUUAGCACCAAAAGGUUUUAUCGCAAGUUUGUGUUCCUACAGCUUAUUAAUUGCUUAAAAACUUAAAACUGUUCUCUGCUUGCAGCCAAAGGGCAAACCAUUAACAAAAACAGUUGCUGUUUCCUUCGUCCAAAGAGUAUUAAUAGUGAACUGCAGAAGGGCACAUGGGCAAAGUCAUUAUGAUCAGUGAUGUAAAUUCAUCUUAAAAUGAACUUAAGUAGACCAAAAAUCGGACAACUGCGUCAAGAUUAUUUUUCUAGUACAAAAUUCUUACAUUUCACUGCAGCUAUGUUACAGUUAAAAUCCUGUUUAACCUCUGUGAUGUGUAACUACUACAUGUGAACAUUAAACUAGAUUUACCUGUCUUUAA